AUGAGCAAUCCCAAGGCCAAGCUGACAUGCUACGGCGUCCACUCCAUCCCUUGCUACCGGUACCACCAAACCAUGCACGCAAUCGGCACCUCUCACAACUGCAUGUCGUGCAUCCAGACCGACGAGAUGCAUGAGCAAAGGCACAGAAAAAUCGCAGAACUCGUCGCAGAGUAUAGCGUAGCCACGGGCACGGACCCCGCAGGGCUGAGAGAUGUCUUUCAACAAUUGAACAUCAAUAACAAUCCCCCCGAGCAAGCUGCUCCUGACCCUGACGCCGAUUUUGAAGAGGAGGAAGCAUUCGCCGAAGCUGAAGACGCGCCUGGUGAUGUUGCUGUUGCGCAACCGGACAAUGACGAUGCAGAAGAUGCAGAAAACCUCCUCGAGCCGGUCAUUACCGAAGACACCACACAAAUCACCGAAACCAUGCCUCCACCAAAGCUCACCAAGGCCGAAAUCCGCGCGCAAAAGAAAGCCGCAAAAGCCGCAAAGUCCCAAUCAAAGGCUGCAAAGAACCAAAAGAAGCAUACAAUCAACGUCCGCAGCGAAGAUGUGGCACUCAUUGCUCGAAUUCUACAUGGCGACAGUGCAGCGAACUCUGCAGAUACGCAUCCGCUGGCAUCAGACAAGGAGAUUGACGAUGUCAUCAAACGGAACCUGGGUUACGUGUCUAAUAUCGAAGCGCACAAGAAGCAGCUUCUUUCGAGCAUCGCCCUGAAACGGAGGGCCGACCGCAGGCCUAGCCAGACUGACGAAAAGGACGAGGAAUGGGAGAACAUUCUCGCCGCGAUUUUGACGAAGCUUGGUAUCGAAGCCGCCCAUAUCAGUGCUUCUGUUCCGAGCAGCGCCGGUUCCAAGAAAGAGAACCGUCGCUCGCAGAGGUCAAGCGAGGAGGCGUCUGCACUGCCAAUGACAAUUGUAGCCAACUUGAAGGUUGCGGUGAAGGAAGACCUCGAAAGGUUCAUCAAUGAACAGAAGGAGACUUGUGUGCGGGCGGGGGCGUUCUGGAGGUACGUUGGCAAGCCGAUAUUUGACAGGAUGACUCGCAUCGCGAUGGAGGUAGACUGGAAGACCGGAAUGAAGUUGAAGGAAAGGGAUGAGUGA